UGCAAUUUAUCAUGUGUUGAAAAUUAUCGCGUUUUAGCACAUGCAGCAGGCGAGGUUCCUUCCAUCUGGUCUCAGGAAGUUCUUACAAAUCUGACAAAAUGAGUAGACCACGGAACGAAUAUGAUUAUGGGGAUGAUGAUUAUGAGUACCAAGGGGAUGGCCACGAAAUGCACACUGGUGACCCGCGCAGAGACCUAGCCUACGAGCAGUCGCACACCUACUCUGGCAGCUCUUACAUCCUCCCUGAUGAGAUCAAGAGCUUCUUGCAGUUCUUCCAGCGAAGUAUCAAUGACAACCAGCUCUUUGAGAUUGGCCACAGCUAUGAGAGAGAAUUCAACAAGCUGACCGAGCGAUUUUUCAAGAAUGCACCGUGGCCCGAUGCAGAGAGUAUCCAAGCAGUGGUAGGAAAUGAUCCGGUGUUCAACAUAUUGUACAAGGAGUUGUACUACAGGCAUAUCUAUGCUAGAGUCCAGAACGGACCAUCGCAAGAGCAGCGUUUUGAGUCGUACUACAACUACUGUAACUUGUUCAACUUCAUCCUGAAUGCUGAUGGCCCUGUGCAUCUGGAGUUGCCUGAUCAAUGGCUGUGGGAUAUUAUUGAUGAGUUCAUCUAUCAGUUUCAAGAAUUCAGCAAGUAUCGCAGCAAGCUUCAAGGAAAGACUGAAGAAGAAAUCGCUAUCCUUAGUAAAAACCCAAAGAUCUGGAAUGUUCACAGCGUACUGAAUGUGCUACACUCUCUUGUGGAUAAAUCUAACAUCAACAAGCAGUUGGAAGUGUACGCCAGUGCUGGAGAUCCAGACAGUGUGGCUGGGGAGUUUGGCCGACACCCACUCUACAAGAUGUUGGGCUACUUCAGCCUUAUCGGACUCCUCCGUCUGCAUUCACUCCUUGGGGAUUACUACCAGGCCAUCAAAGUGCUGGAAAAUAUCGAGCUUAACAAACAAACCCUGUACUCCCGGGUACCAGCCUGUCAGGUGUCCACCUACUAUUAUGUGGGUUUUGCCUACCUGAUGAUGAGGAGGUAUCAGGAUGCCAUACGUAGCUUCACAAACAUCCUGCUGUACAUCCAACGCACUAACCGUAUGAUGCCACCAGGCUCAUACCAAGUGGAUCUGAUCAAGAAGAUCAAUGAUCAGAUCUACACAUUGCUUGGCAUUGCCCUGACCCUUCACCCGAUGCGCAUUGACGAGAGUGUCCACAUGCAGCUUAGAGAUAAGAUGGGAGAAAAGCUGACCAAAAUGCAGAGGGGAGAGAUGCAAGCAUUUGAAGAUCUGUUCACCUUCUCCUGUCCUCGCUUCUUGUCUCCUGUGCCACCAAACUACGAGGCCCAGCAGGGGAGCUUCCACAAUGAGCCGCUCAAGCUGCAGAUGAAGGUGUUCAGGGAAGAGAUUCAACAGCAGCUGGCAAUACCUACUAUUAGAAGUUUCUUGAAGCUGUACACCACCAUGCCGAUUUCUAAGCUCGCUGUGUUCCUUGACAUGACUGAAGACGAUUUCCGGACUCAUCUGUUAUGCUUUAAGCAUAAAAUGAAGAACCUAGUCUGGACUAAAGGUACUAGUGGUUUAGAAGGAGAGUUCCAAUCGGCAUCUGAGGUUGACUUCUACAUUGAUCAGGACAUGAUACAUAUAGCGGACACUAAGGUAGCCCGUCGCUAUGGAGAUUUCUUCAUUCGUCAGAUACACAAGUUUGAUGAGUUUAAUCGCUCCAUGAGGAAAUCUUCCUUGGACCACCAACCUCGUUGAGAUCCAUCAAACCAGCUGCAGAAGUCAACAUAAAAUAAAAACGUUUUGAAAGUCUUCAUACCCUCUCAUUUAUCUUUGCACAUCGAGCAUGAAUACAACAGUUUUCUUCUUACCGAACUUACAUUUAUAAAAUUGGCGUCUCAAUAAACUCUAAUACCAGGGGUUGAUUCCACAAAGAGUGAGGACUAGUCCUAACUUAGGACACGGACUAGUCAAAUGAGCGGAUAUGAAACGUACAAGGCUAGUCCUAAGUUAGGAACAGUUGACUUGUCCUAACUGGAAAUAAGACUAGUCCUUACUCUUUGUGAAAUCAACCUCUGAUUGUGUUGCUGGUUUUUUUUGCAAUGAAAUGCAUCCAAGUUCCUUUUCCAAAGCUAGUCUUAGGCUCUGACUCAAGCUAGAGGCUUCGUUAUCAAUUUUGAAGCAGUGCUUCAUGAGCAACACGAUCCAUCAAAGAGCCUUGGGAAAGGUGUAGAAAAGGCACAUUGGUUUGAGGAGUGAACUAGUUUGGCCUCUUUUUGGUGUAAAAACAAAAUGAGCAUUCAUUAAGCUAAACAUAAAGAUGGGUUGAGAAAUAUAUAUUUUGUUUUGGGGGUUGAGAAACAGUUCUACAAACUAAAGAACACAAAUCUGGAAGAAUUAAUAACGAUAUAUAUUAUAAUGGUCCAUCUUUUCUCUCAUGUUGAUUUAAAAGCUUUCAAAUUCUCCGGAAGAUUAUAUGAAAUAAUGAUGAAUUUGAUACUGGUCAUAAAGUUAUUUUUAAGCCAAGCCUCUGCAUUUCAUACAAAGGUUUUUCUGUUAAAGUUUAGGAGGUGUUUUUUUUCCAGCCAUGUUCAUAAAUGUGUCAAAACAGCUACAUGUGCAUGUACAACAAUUGGUGCCUGCCUAUAUAUAAGAAUUAGAAAUAAAACGUUUUUUGUUAGCUAAUGAUUUAAAACAAUCACAGGAAUUCAAGUCUCACACCAAACAACAACAGUUAUCGUCAAAUAAAAUACAAUAAAAACAAA